AUGGUUUCUUCAUCUUUCCUUUGGGCCAUCUUUGCUCUGGGAGCAACGGCUCUUCCAGCCCCAACCUAUACCUUUUCAUCUGGUGCUGCACAUCCCGCCGAAAAACAAGUGAUAUCCGAAUACUUCGACAUGUUGGGUCAAAAAGUUCAAGCAGGAAGAAAAAUGUCUCACGCUCCAGUGUGCAAUCUCAACAAGGCCGUUCAACCAGUUUUAUCUCCAACACCAAUGCCUGGUCCCUCAAAAGGUCUAACCUUAAAACACGUCGCCAUCGGCCGCGGAACACAAAACUACACCUGCAGCACCAACGCAACAGCAGCACCCACCGCCGUCGGCGCAGUAGCAACCCUCUUCAACGCCUCCUGCAUCGCAUCCACCUAUCCAGAUCUCCUCUCCAUCCUCCCCAACGUAGCCCUCCAAUUCGAUCUCAAUCUCGCCGCAUCCUCUACUCAGAACCUCAAUCCCGCCGACCUCAUGAUGAGCGGCCACCAUUUCUUCACCAAUUCAUCCACACCAUUCUUCGAUCUCAACACCAAAAAUUGGAAAUUAGGUCGAGGAGGCUUCUCGAAAACAGAUGGUCUAGCUGCUCCCGUUGGCGCAUCCGUCGGCCAGAAUAAUAAAGGAUAUGGAGCAGUAGCCUGGUUAAAAUUAUCCGCUAGAGACGGCGCAACUGGUGGUCUACAGGAGGUUUACCGCGUUAAUACUGCGGGGGGGAAUCCACCAACGACUUGUAAGGAUAAUUUGGGGAGUAGCUUUGAUGUGCAAUAUGCUGCUGAAUACUGGUUCUACGAAGAAUCAUAA